UUGGCGGAACGAAUGUUUUCUGCAUCACGUGUUGACUGAAACAGAUAUGGAUAUAGAUACUAUUACAGUCUCUAGAUGGCAACCCCCCGUCGCACCCGUGGGCGGACUUGCACACGUCACUGCGCAAGCGUCGGGACUCUCGUCAACAAGAACAGCGAAUAACAGCUCGGUGAUUUGCCAAAGAAGAAUGGAUUACGCUCUACGUAUCCAUCUUGUCAUAGUCUGCUUGCUACUAUGCCAACGAGCUACAGUUACGGGUACUGAGAGAUGUGGAUAUGGAGAUGUAAAAGCACUAGAAACUGAAGAAAGAGUUAACAGGUAUCUACUUCUUUUGAAGUGCUUUUUAGCUGCAUGUGUCAAUGCAGCACGGACUUUUCUUUCACAUCUUAGCUAUGGAAGUUGCUUCCCGUAUGAUACAAGCAGUACUCCCUCUGGGACUCCAUGUGAUGAAAUUUACACGCAACAAGAGACGUACGUUUUCUUGUCAUCCCGUAGAACUGAAGGAGACUUCAAUCGUUAUCUUAGACAUUUUCGUGACAUUAACACAUUCUUUGAUCUCAUCAUACCCGCAAAGUGCAUCAAUGAAACAAGAAAAGUCUUGUGCCAUUUCUUCCUGCCAACGUGUGGCAAUUCGACUGUGUUUAAGCCCCCUACAUCUGUUUGUGAAGACAUUUGUGAGCAUCUCAGAAACAUCUGUCCAGAUGAAUUUCAACAGCUCGCACUUCAUUUUCAACUUAAUUCUGGAGUGUUGCAGCCACUUGGUCUAACAAUGAUCAAUUGUUUGGACACUGGAGAUUACAUUUCUCCACUUCAGCAUUGUUGCUCUGAUCUGGGUAUAGAAAUUCCGUGCAUGAAUGUGAAUGAUUCAGGCGAUCUAGUGCCUGAUCCAGUGUGUGUCACAUCAGAAUCUGUGGUAGUCCCCAGUCCGUCGCAAUCAGCGCAGCCUGACCCUGGAUUCAGCAGAGAAAGAAGCAGUGUUGGUGUUACAGUGGCAAUUGCUAUUGCAAUAUUGGUAGCUGCUUUUAUUGUACUGGCUAUAUGUCUCGUUCUUGUGGUAAAGCUGCGCAGGAUGCAUAAAAAGAAAAAGCAAGUUGUAAAAACGUCCAUGUCGUCAUUUCCCAGGUAAUGUGCAUAACAUACUGUAACCCUAAGUGUUUGUUAUCACUCUGUGCACAUAGUUCUAAAAGCAAAGAUUCAUUGCGUUACCGUGAUGCAAAUGAUGCUAACCUACUAAGACCUGUUGCUGAGUCUUCGACAAGAGUAGCAAGGGUUCCAUCAGCCUACAUUAGACAGAUGGCAGAUGAGAAGCUCCUCAUCCCAGGAAGAAGUCUCACCCUCAUGGACACCAUUGGGCAAGGUGAGUUUGGAGUAGUGUAUCGUGGGAAUCUGGGUGGCUGGAGGGCAGAGAGAGAGCAUAGUUUGGUUGCCAUCAAAACACUAAAAGGUAUUUUUAGUACCAAUGAUCUCAGUAACAUGGUGGAAGAGAGUGUAAAGAUGGCAAAGUUCAAUCAUCCUAAUGUAAUGAGGUUGAUUGGUGUGUGCAUAGACAAGGGGGCUUCCCCUUACAUUGUAAUGCCGUACAUGGCUUAUGGCAGUCUGUUGUCAUACCUGAAGAAGCAGAGAGCAGAGCUUACUCUGGCAAACGAUGAGGACCAGGAACUAGUUACAGCUACUCAAUGCAAACUCCUCUCAAUGUGUCUGCAAGUUGCUAAGGGAAUGUCAUACUUGGCAGCACAGGAGUUUGUUCACAGAGACAUGGCUGCUAGGAACUGCAUGAUUGAUGAGAACUUUGUGCUGAAGGUAGCAGACUUUGGUCUGUCAGAGGACAUCUAUGCCAGGAACUACUUCAGACAGACUGGUCUCCAGGACAGUGAGGGAGAGACUCCGAUCAAACUCCCAGUGAGGUGGAUGGCAGUGGAGAGCCUCCAUGAUGGCAUCUUCACUGAGAAAACUGAUGUGUGGUCUUUUGGAGUGACAAUGUGGGAGGUAUUUUCUGCUGGGAAGAAUCCAUACCCUGGAGUGGAUCCAUUCACCCUAAUCAAACACCUGGAUGAUGGAGGAAGACUCGAGAAACCUACAAAUGCUGCAUGCUCUCAGGAAAUCUACACCCUGAUGUGUGAUUGCUGGAAUGAAGCUCCUGAUGUGCGUCCUCAUUUCUCCACUUUGGUGUCCACCAUCUCAGAGACUUUAGAGAGCAUUGCUGGCUACCUGCACUUUAGUCCUGACUGGUUGGCUGGAGAUGGACCCACGACAUCUCGCUACGACCACCUCAUGGCAGCAGAGCUCUCAGAAAUGAAGAAAUCCAGCCGUGGAUAUGAUCAUUUGAAUCCCACCGUGAUUGUUUCUGAUGAACACUGUUUACAACAAGUUAUUGAACCUGACAGUUGUGCUCACUAACAUUGGUCACCUGAAACAAACAUGCUCAUAACAUAAUACCUGCACAUAAUUGCGUUACUCCUCUCAUUCUGUAAGAAGUUUUACCAUCUAGAGUAUAAUAUAUAUAUAUUGUGUUCUAAACAUUUCACUGCCAUCAAUUUCACUGCCUCUU